GUUUAGAACUCACUUUAGUGCACCACUCCUGAGUUGCUGGCUCGCAUCUCCCUGCCCUGGGACCAGCCACCAUGGCAGAUCCCCUGAGCUGCAGUGUGCUGUGGAAUUAUGUCCUCUCAGACUGUACCCAGGCAUAGGGGACACAGAUGCCAUUUUGAGUAGGACCUGAGCUUUUUCCAGAGUCAGACUCCUUGAUGAGGCCACUGAAGAAUCCUGGAAGGUCCCUUGAUCGAACAUUUCAUGAGUCCUUUGAAGAAGUUUCCACAAUGGUUUGUUCAGCCCUCAGGAGAGUUGCCAACCUGCCUGUCUACCUGGUGAGGACAGCCAGUAGUGUCUCCAGAGGCCACCAGCACCCAGCCUUGGGAUCGAGGCCUGCUGCUUCGGAGCCUGCUGCCCAAGGAGCUCAAGGUAGUGUGCUGGAGCUGCUCGGUCAGUCCUACCCUCAGGAUGACUAUAGCAAUCUCUCCCGGAAAGUUCUCUCCAGGGUUGGCAGGAAUCUGCACAACCAGCAGCACCAUCCUCUUUGGCUGAUCAAGGAGAGGGUGAAGGAGCACUUCUACAAGCAAUAUGUUGGCCGCUUUGGGACUCCGCUGUUCUCUGUCUAUGAUGACUUUUCUCCAGUGGUCACCACCUGGCAGAAUUUUGACAGCCUGCUCAUCCCAGCCGACCACCCCAGCAGGAAGAAGGGAGACAACUAUUACCUGAAUCGGACCCACAUGCUGCGAGCACACACGUCUGCGCACCAGUGGGACCUGCUGCACGCUGGCCUGGAUGCCUUCCUGGUGGUGGGCGAUGUUUACCGGCGCGACCAGAUCGACUCCCAGCACUACCCCAUUUUCCACCAGUUGGAGGCCGUCCGGCUCUUCUCUAAGCACGAGUUAUUUGCUGGCGUAAAGGAUGGAGAAAGUCUGCAGCUCUUUGAACAAAGUUCUCGCUCUGCCCGUAAACAAGAGACACAUACCAUGGAGGCCUUGAAGCUCCUGGAGUUUGACCUUAAGCAAACACUUACGAGGCUUGUGACCCAUCUUUUUGGAGAUGGUCUGGACAUUAGAUGGGUAGACUGCUACUUUCCCUUUACUCACCCUUCCUUUGAGAUGGAGAUCAACUUCCGUGGAGAAUGGCUAGAAGUUCUUGGCUGUGGAGUGAUGGAACAACAACUGGUAAAUUCAGCUGGUGCUCAGGAUAAGAUCGGCUGGGCCUUUGGCCUCGGGCUGGAGAGACUGGCCAUGAUCCUCUACAACAUCCCCGACAUCCGCCUCUUCUGGAGCGAGGACGAGCGCUUCCUGAGGCAGUUCCGCGUGUCCGACAUCCACCAGCCGGUGACAUUUCAGCCUCUUAGCAGAUACCCUGCUGUGAUAAAUGACAUUUCAUUCUGGCUGCCCUCUGAGAAUUACGCAGAAAAUGAUUUCUACGACUUAGUACGAACAAUCGGAGGAGACCUGGUGGAGAAAGUUGACCUUAUAGACAAGUUUGAACAUCCAAAGACACGCAGGACCAGCCACUGCUACCGCAUCACCUACCGCCACAUGGAGCGGACCCUGUCCCAGAAGGAGGUGAGGCGCGUCCACCAGGCUGUGCAGGAGGCCGCGGUGCAGCUGCUGGCCGUGGAGGGCAGGUUUUGAUGGUGGCAGCACCCAGGCCACAGUCCUCGGGUCUCUUGGAUUUGCUGAAGAAGAAAAAAAAGGAUAUUGUUUGUGGACUUGGGCGUCGGUCACCUUUUGAUAAAAGGGACCGUUUUAGGACAUUCAGAAAAUAAAGGAUUGCUCUUGAGAAACUGUU